UCCAGCAGCCCUCCAGCAGCCCUCCAGCAGCCCUCCAGCAGCCCUCCAGCAGCCCUCCAGCAGCCGCAGCCAUGUUCGGGGGUCUGGGGCGCUGCUUCGAGGAGGAUCCCUUCUUCCGGGAGCCCUUCGCUGCCCACCAGGAGUGCGUGCGGCAGAUGAUGAGGAGCUUCUCCGACCCCUUCGGCCGGGAGCCGUUGCUGAGCCUGGCAGGCGGCGCGGAGAGGAGAGCGGAGCCCAGGGCGCGGCAGGACUCGCAGCUGGCGCUCCGCGGCGGCGGCGGCAGGGCCACAAGCUACUCCCUCAUGCCCUUUGGAGGCUUUGGUAGACUGCAGGAUGCAGAUCUGGGGGAACCUUUCCUUGCCAUGGACAGGAUGAUGGCAAACAUGAGAAACAGCAUGCUGGAGAUGCAGAGGAAAUUUGAUGACCUGUCUGUGCACCCUGAUGCACACACCUUCAGCUCUUCCUCUGUGCUGACCUACUCCAAAGUAGGAGAUGAACCUCCCAAGGUCUUCCAGGCUUCAGCCCAGACCCGCACGGCCCCCGGAGGGGUUAAGGAGACCAGAAGAGCCCUGAGGGAUUCUGAGAGUGGAGUGGAGAAGCUGGCCAUUGGCCACCACCUCAGGGAGCGUGGCCAUGUCAUUAAGAAAUCCAGGAACAGCAGGACUGGGGACGAGGAAAUGAACCAGGAGUUCAUCAACCUGGAUGAGACUGAGGCCCAGAGCUUUGAUGAGGAGUGGCAGAAGGAGAUUAUGAAGUUCAAGCCCUCGAGAUCUGGAGGCCAUUUGGAAGCUCCAAAGUACAGAAGCAUUCAUCAUGUGCCCAAGGAGAAGCCCCUUGCCAUCAAGGCUUCCAGGGAGCCCAGAGCUUCCAUGGAGAACCUGAAUGUGAGAGGAACACACCUGCCCCUCAGGAGCAGCAAACAGUAGAUGGCUUCCAUUGGGCUGCUGGUGCUGCAUUGCUUCUCUUGAUCUAAGUACACCUCUCUCCAUGACCAGUCUCUGUUCUUUGUGCUUCUGGGCAGUCCUGUGCCUUGCCACUCCCCAUCUCCUGGCACCUGAAUGUCCUUGGCAGCCU